CACUUGUAGAAAUUUAUCAAAGGCGCUCUCUGCAAGCCGCGACUUGGGAGCGCGUCGUGCAGGGAUCUUAAGUUCGCCGGCCCACAACGUUCCACAACAUCGGGCCCCACCAGCUCCCCUGUCCACCGCCAGCUAAGCCCAGGCGGGAAACCGUUUGUUUGACGUCCCAACAUCCACUGUCAACAACCAUACGAAGCGGUUGCUCCCAGAGUGCAAUUAGAACAGCCAACAGCGCCCAGAAAGUCCGACAGUAAAGGGAAUGACAGAUUAGCACAAUGGCUUCUAGCAGGAAAUAUGCGGCACUUCCAGACUUGGAUUCCGCACCCGAUAUUUACGAAACCCCCGAGCUUAUUGAUGAUACUUCUACCAUUCCCCCCACAACCGUGCGAUCAGCCUCUGACAAUGAGUAUGACGACGACGACGAUGCCGCCGCCAUCUCUCGAUCCAGACUCCGGAUAGACCAAGCUCGGUCAAAGUUCAUGCCGGCUGCCGUGGAUCCCUCAGGGGUUGACUUUUCAGACCGUGUCAAUGGCAAGCGAAAGUCAUACAAAGCGGCCAGCAGACGACACCGCGUGUUGGAUGAUGGAACCGAAGAGCUGGGCGACUUGAGCGACGAGGACGAUGCUGGAAGUUUGGCGCGCAAGAUUGCGCGUUUGAGGCGCGAAAUUGAGGAGGCAAAGGAGGAGUACGGCAAACAGAAGGCAGCAGCGGACGAAACUACGGACGAGACUGGUGUUCAAGAGCAGGAGUUUGAGUCUCUGAGCAAAACUCUGGAUGAGAUGGCUAGACUCGGCGAGCCGCUGGCUCCUCGGCCGGUUGCUACACCGACCCCCCGGAUCACCAGUGCUGGCGAGCAGCCAGCAGGAGAAAUCAAGGGUACUGCGAGCUAUACUAUCACCUAUGCCCCGGACUACGAACAAACGCAUGCUUUGGCUAAAGCAGCCGACUUUGACCGCCGGCUUGUGUUCUUGGAGAAGGCAUUGGGUGUUGGCUCAGCAGCCAUGCCGGAAUUUGACUCGAAUGGUCUUCCCCGAGCUAUUAUUCCCCUGGUUGAGAACCUUCACAAGCAGAUUUCAACAUUGUCUGAAGCCUCGACACCCACUCUGGAUGCCAUCAGCAGGAGGGUCAGGACCUUGACACAGGAGGCGGAGAAUCUGGAGAAGGCCCGUAGAAACGCCAAACAAGCUCAGGAGGCUUUGGCAUCUGCGGGAGCGGCACCAUCUGGCGAAGGCGCCACACCCGAAGACUCGGAGCAGAUUGCGAAAGUCAAUGCUCUUUACAGUAUGAUUCCGACCAUCGAAAAUUUGAGCCCUCUGCUUCCACCCCUGCUGGACCGCCUCAGGUCGUUGAGGAUGAUUCACGCAGAUGCCGCAACGGCAUCUGACACCUUGGCUCAGCUGGAGCAAAAGCAGGCCGAGAUGGCCACAGAUAUUCAGCAAUGGAGGGAAGGGUUGGAGAAGUUGGAGGUUAUAAUCAACGAUGCGAGUGCCUUGAGGGAGAAGAAUAUGGGGGUGAUCUCGGAGUGGGUGAAGGACUUGGAGGGUAAAAUGUCUAAAUUGUCUUGA